AUGGCGGCCCCAAAUUACGGAGUAGUUGAUCGUUGGUACCUCGGAAUAUGGCACCGGAGGUUUCCUAAGGAAGUCGUGUGGGUUGCGAACAGAGAGAGCCCACUCUCCGAGCCCAACGGAAGCCUCACGAUCUCGAAAGGUAACCUCGUCCUCCUAGAUAAGUACGGUACGCCUCUCUGGUGGACGAACCAACCUAGCACAAGUCUCAAGAGGUCGCUAUUGAUUGGAGAGUUAAUGGAGAACGGGAAUCUUGUGCUGCGCUAUGCUAACGAGGACUCAUCAGCAGGGUUUCUUUGGCAGAGCUUUGACUUUCCGACAGAUACUCUCAUCUCCGGCAUGAAGCUCGGCUGGGACGCCAAAUCAAACAUAAACAGAGUCUUGCAAUCUUGGAGAAGCGACGACGAUCCUUCGUCAGGGGAUUAUACAUACGGUGUAGAACGUAAUGAGCUUGUGCAGAGUUUCAUUCGAAAGAAAGGUGUGCCCGAAUUCCGGAAUGAUCCAUGGAUGACUAGAAACGACAUAGACGAGGGAAGCGGCAAGUUCACCUACGGGAGGUACAAGAUCACGGUGACCCCAGAGGAGGCCACUUAUUACUUCACUCUCUCCAACGAUACAAUCUUCUCACUUCUGAAACUGACUGCUGGGGGCUUCCUGAAUCGGACUACGUGGAUUCCAAAACCACAGCAAAGGUGGAAACCGGUGGAGCGUAUAUUACCCGAUGACGCGUGCGGUAAGUACGGGAAAUGCGGAGAAAAUGGUGUGUGCGACACAACCACCUCAAGAAUCUGCAACUGCUUACCAGGGUUUAAGCCGAGAGACCACGAAGCAUGGGGUUCGCUAGACUGGGCUGGUGGGUGUGAGAGGCAAUCAAGGUUGAACUGCUAUACAGAUGGCUUUGUGCGGCUUGGGACGAUGAAGUUGCCUGAUGCUUCAAAGUCUAUCGUCGACAUGGGAAUCGGGCUCAAGGAAUGCGGAGAGAAAUGCCUCGGAAACUGCAAAUGUAGAGCAUAUGCAAACGCGAAUAUGCAAAAAGGCGGCUCAGGCUGUGUUAUUUGGGUCGGAGAGCUCCUCGAUCUCCGCAAGAACAACUUUGCCGGCCAAGAUCUCUUCGUUAGAAACAAGAUCCCACCGACUCCAAGUGCCACUACUGAAGCAGCAGCACCCAUCGGCGCUUUCCAAUGUGCGCCCAUGGAGCUAGUUAAGAUUGCCUCUGCCACCGGAAACUUUUCUGAUUCCAACAAGAUCGGGCGAGGAGGUUUCGGUAUCGUCUACAAGGGGACGUUACUUGACGGGCAAGUAAUCGCAGCUAAAAGGCUGUCCAAAAGGUCUGAUCAAGGGAUCGAAGGUUUCACCAACGAGGUGAAGAUGAUCGCUAGCGUCCAGCACAGAAAUCUUGUCCAGCUUUGA